CUUUGAGAUUUUACAUUUUCCAUGGAAAAUCAAACUGUGAUAAAAGAGUUUAUACUCUUGGGGCUUUCCAGUGAUCCACGACUACAGAUGAUUCUCUUCUUUGUGUUUCUGAUCAUAUAUGCCGCAACAUUAUUAGGAAACUCUGUCAUCAUAUUGGUAAUUAGGGCUGAGCCUAGCCUUCACACACCCAUGUUCUUCUUUCUCAGUCACCUAGCCUUUGUUGACAUUUGCUUCUCAUCUGUCACUGUCCCAAAGAUGCUGGAAAACUUUCUAAGACAAGAGAAAACCAUUUCUCUGGUGGGAUGCAUCACACAGAUCUUCUUCUUUUUCCAAUUUGGGUGUGUUGAAAGUUUUCUGCUUUCAACAAUGGCAUAUGACCGAUAUGUCGCUAUAUGUGACCCACUACAUUAUUCAACUACUAUAAAUAAACAAAAGUGCAGACAGUUGGUGGUGGGAAGCUGGGUAAUGGGUUUGUUGGAUGCUCUGAUCAACACAUUGCCUUUAAUGGAUUUGACUUUCUGUAGACACAGUGCAAUCAACCACUAUACUUGUGAACUUCCAUCAGUCCUAAGCUUAUCUUGCAGUGAAGCUUUGACCAAUUACAUGUUGAUACUUGCCUCUAGUUCUAUCUUUGGUUUUACACCCAUGCUCCUAACACUUGUGUCUUACUCUUUUAUAAUUUCAACUGUCUUGAAGAUUCGCUCAGCAAAAGGGAGGAGCAAAGCCUUCUCCACCUGCAGCUCACACCUUAUUGUGGUUUGUAUAUUUUAUAUUUCAGGGUUUUUCGGAUACAUGAAGUCAAGUUCCAAAUCUCUUACAGGUCUGGACAGAAUAACCUCUAUCCAGUAUCUUAUUUUAACUCCUAUGUUAAAUCCUCUCAUAUACAGCCUAAAAAACAGAGAAAUCAAAACUAUUAUUUGUAAAAGGUUUGGAGAGUUUAGGUACAGUGCACAGCUACUUUUAUGUAUAGAGGUAAAAAUGCAAAAUAUUUAA